UCCAUUCUAACUUCUGACUUCUCUCGUGCACUUGUCCUAAUAUAGCUAGUCUCCUUUCGUUUUCGACUAAAUUCCUGCGGAACGGCCCAUCAUACGAUAAAAUCAGACCACCACGGCUUAUCGGUCGAUAAUCCAAUAUAUCCCAAUUUCCCCCCCAAUUCCCCCAAUGCUCACAAAUUUGACAACAAAUUUCAUCCUCACAGCAAAAGAUGCGUAUGAACCCGUGAUCUGGUGAACUCUCUCGACUCUCGACCUUCCUUCUAUACCACUUUCCCUUCCUGCCUCCCUCUCAUUCACUUCCAAUCAUUUCAAUCAUUCGCAAGCUUGUCUCAAUUCGUACAUUUUGUGUACAUUUCAAUCCUUGUCUUAUCUGAUUCGAUCUUCAGAACUUUCCCAAUUAUCAAACCACUUUCUCCCAUUUCUCACCACAUCCACAUCCCCAUCCCCAGAUUCCACAUAACAUAACCUAUUGUAUAAUAAGACACCUUUCGAGGUGACGUGCCAAAUCAUGGUAUCCAAGAAUUCUUCUUUCGAUCCGACGUUGUCGGGAAUCUCAGCCGGUCUCGAAUCUUCCAAUGAAUUUGAUCAAACAGCCAUUUUUGCAGAUUCACUAGGCCUCGACGACGAUCCUUUGUUUCCAACAAAUUGGGACGAGACUACCCCGCCCUACGACGGCGGACUAUAUUCGACCCCGUUGAAUUGGGACCCCCCGAUGCCGAAACAAGAAGACCUUCAAGAUAUCGGUCCAAAGUACAAUAGUAUGAACUCGAACGGUGGACUUACUGCAGCUCAACAGGAAAAGCUGCGCGAUAUUGCCAUGCCACCUCACCUGCAAUACCAAAACCAACACAGUCCAGUCUCCAUCACUUCCAAGACCACUUCUAUCUCCUCACCCGAAUCACAAGAUAUGAGUCGCAAGCGCAAAUCCUCCGCCGAGGUCGACGAUGAGGACGACGACGAGUCUGGAGGACACCACCCACCUGCCAAGAAGACGACGGCGCACAAUAUGAUUGAGAAGAGAUAUCGCAACAAUCUGAACGACAAGAUCGCGGCUCUUCGGGACAGUGUACCAAGUCUGCGGAUAAUGCAAAAGAGCGCUCGUGGUGAAGUGACAGCUGAUGAUCGAGACGAAUUACAAGGUUUAACUCCGGCUCACAAACUGAACAAAGCUACCGUCCUCUCCAAGGCCACUGAAUACAUUCGGCAUUUAGAGAAGCGCAAUUCACGUUUACAGGAUGAGAAUAAUCAAAUGAAGACACGCAUCAACGCUUUCGAGAAGCUCUUUGUCUCUGGAUCGAUGGGUUUCGGUCCCAUGCAACAACCAAUGAAUCCAUAUCAAUACGCUCAAGAUUUCAACACACCAGGUCCUUCACCUUCCUCCGAUCAAGGUAUGAUACCUGUACCAGACGAUAUGCGCAGACUACAUGGGCAAAUGAGUCAAGAAACUUUUGCUGUUCCCACGCAAUACGUCACUCAGAACCGCCAACCAAUCGGUCCUAACGCAUGGAAUGGUGGAUACUUUGGCAAGCUCAUGGUCGGCUCUCUUGCUGGUCUAAUGAUUGUGCAAGGUUUCUCAGAGGCAGAGCAAGAGACGGAUACACCUGGCGCUCGUGGUCUCAUGGCCCUUCCUACUCACUUCCUUAGAGCCUUGAGCCGUGGUCUUCAUUCAAUGUUGGAGGUCAACUUCCAGGGAUAUCACCUGCCAGCAAGCCAGACUAUACAUUAUCUUCAAUACUCUCUCGCACUCGGUCUCCUCCUCUACAUCUUCUUACCUUCGUUGUUUAGCCCCAAGCCAAAUGCCAAAGGUUCCAAGUCUGCUAACUUAGCCGCUGCACCUUCACUCGCCUCUUCUAUACAAGUCAGAAGACAGGCUUGGCUUACAGCCGUUCAAACGGUCUGGGUGCCAAGACACAAUUUCUUUCUUGAGGCAGCUGCUUUGUGUAUGAAGGUUGGCAAGUUCACCUGUCGCAACAUUGUUGGACCUUCGCUCUAUUCUUUUUUGACUGGUACCACGGAAGAGCAAGAGAUUGCUCGGAUUAAAGCCUGGACUAUCGCUCUUGACGCACAGCUGACUGGUGGCGAUGUUGAGGUCAGCAAAAGCCGUUUGACACUGACUUUAUUGGCUUCUGGUACACUCCCUGACACUCCAGCCCGCUUGAUGCUCAAAGCACUACACAUUCGUGUUUUGUUAUGGGAGCUAAACGAGAUUGGAUUUACUGGAUCUAAAAUCAUUCGAAAUUGUGCUCAGGAAAUGGCUAGAUGGAAAUGGAACGAAGCAAAACAAAUGCAGCAAGUUCUUUCUCAGUCCAAAGAACAACAAGAUGAGCUACCCGAACAUCUCGCUACCCUUCUUGAGCAUAAGUGCGAUGAUGUCUUGGUCGAUGCCGUUGUACAACGUGCUUAUAAUCUUGCAUGGAAUCUACCCACCACCAGCAACACAAAGGUAAACUGUGGUAUGGACCGCGUGGUGGAUGAUUUUGCUGUUCGGAGCCCUCUUGAUGCUGUCGCAGCUUGGUGGUCAAGUCUUACACUCCACAAAGCCUUGGCAAAGAGUCUGGAGGUAGAGGAUGAAGACGUUGCAAGUUACAAAACCAUUGCCGAUGAUAUCAAGAUUGCCAUUCAAACAGCACCUCCUGGAUCCGGAGCUCAAAUUCGUGCUCUCGUUGCGCGUGCCGUUCUCGUCAAAGAAAAGCGUGGACAAAGUAUCGCUAUGGCUCUCAAGGCAGUUGGUGCAGGACAACAAAAGAUGCCCGUGUCAUCAAAUGUUAACAUCAAAACAUCUGUUGCCAAUUUACCAGACAUUCGAACUUCGAUCCAUUGCGCAAUGGCCCUUGCUUAUUUGGAACGCUUUCCUAUGCCAGCUAAUCCUGAGAACGCGCCAAAAAUUAUCGACUCUAUUGUUCCGGUCAAUCUCACUUUACUUGGUUUCACGGCAAUGUACAAGCUUGUUGAGAAGAUGCAUGAACAUACUUUGAUUGCCUCGACCUGUGCUACUUCGUUGGAAAAAUUUGCUGGCAACCUCAGAAUUUGGAUCGGUGGCACAGAUGGUGAGAAGAGUGGUUUGGAGACUGAAUUGAAGAGAGAAAUGGUGGAGAAAUGCUUGACCAUUACUGCACAAGUUGUUGGCAUGGAAAACGAUGCGGGCUAUGGUAGCAUGAGUGAUGACGGUGACAGUGAAGGAUGCUGAUGAUUAUUUUCAUUUUUAUUUUUCUUGCAACUUUCUUCGAAAUCAUGGGUUGACAAGACCUGACAAUGUAUAUUGUCCGGCACAAAAUUUUGGCAUUUGGAACGGCACAAGGGGUAUUAUUUAUUUUCCUUUUUUAAAUCGUCAUGGAUACCAGGUAAGCGAAUGUCGGGACUGAUUGGCGUUCGAGGUUUGAUCUAGAUGCGAUAGUAUCAUAGAGCACUGCGUUGCGCUGCUUUGGUUUGUGGUUAAAUGCAUAGGCUCUACUUCAAUAAAAAUUCUACUUCUCGUAACAGACUCUCAAUACAAUUAUUUAUCUAUU